CACUGUACAUCUAUAAUAUUUUAUAUAUCUCGAUUAUUACACUCUAUUUUUAUACUUAUUGCAGUUUAUACAGGAGGUUAAACGUGGUGAAUAGGAUAUGGGCGACAGCGAACAGCGUUAUAACGCUACUUUGAACUAUGCUGAAGUGGGGAUAAAACGCUAGCUUUUAUUCGCUCCAUGAAAAGGAUACAGGUGAUAGCGAACAGCUUUUAAACGCUGCUUUGAACAACGAUGGAGUGGGGUGAAACGCCAGCUUUUAUUCGCUGCGUGAAAUCGCACCUUUAGAAGCUGCUUGGAACCAAUCUGGAGAGAGAGAGAGAGAGAGAGAGAGAGAGAGAGAGAGAGAGAGAACGCACUCUUGAGAACGUCAGAGUUUUAACAAAAUUGAGUGAUAGUUUUCGUAUUUAUAAAAGAGGUGAGUACCAGUUUACAAUAUAUAUGAUGGAAUGAUACAGUUAUCUCAAAGAAAUCAAGACUGUAAAGCUAGUGGCACAUGGAAAAACGUAAGCAGUAAGACAUAAGAAUAUUUACUACAGAAGAGAAAAGUAGUUUUCCAUCAUUACUAAUUCUUUUAUUGGACAUGAUCAUGCCGAAGAGAUCUCAAGCUGGGUUUUAUAAAAAAAAUAAGCACAGAAUUUAAUAAAAAUUUAUCUUUAAUCUCUAAAGAAUUUAUAAGUGAAAAAAAAACGAUGCUAUAAAGAAAGAUAUUACUGAAACUAUGCUACUAUCAAAAUCUGAUGAUAUUAUUAAAGAAAAUUUGAACACAGAUGUACGAAAGGAUGAUUUAUAUGUUAUAAACGAUAUAAGCAAUUUAUGGAAUAAACAAUUAGACGAUAAAAAAGAUACUGCUUCAAUGUCAGGUUCAUCUUUUAUAAGUAAUUUAAAAAAUUGGGCAUUGAAACAUAAAAUUAGUAACUCAGCUUUCUCUGAUCUUCUAAAAUUAUUAAACACAAGUUACGUUAAACCAAAGGACUUUAGAUGCAAGAACUCUUUUACAUACUCCUAGAACUCUAGAAAUUCAAAAAAUGGAGCCAGGAACAUAUUAUCAUUUCGGUCUUUCUGAGGUGAUACAAAAAUUGUGCAAAGAUGACAGUUCAGACACAAUUGAAGUAUUAAUAAAUAUUGAUGGUCUACCUUUGAGUAAAAGUUCAUAUAUCUAAUAUUAUGUAGUUUAUAUUCAAAUCCUACAAAAGUAGCUGCUAUAGGAAUCUAUCAUGGCUAUGAAAAGCCAGCAAAUAUCAAUGAAUUUUUACUACAAUUUGUCAAUGAAGCAAUAGUUCUAACAGUAAAUGGCAUUAAUAUUAAUGGAAAUAUAAAACAAUUUAAAAUAAAAGGAUUAAUAUGUGAUGCUCCUGCUAAAGCUCUUAUUUGUUAUAUAAAAGGUCAUACAGGUUUUUAUUCUUGUACAAAAUGUUUCCAAAAAGGAACAUCUUAAAAGGGCGAACUUGUUUUCCUAAAAUUAAUUGUAAAAAAAGGACAGGUCAGAAUUUUCAAAAUAAAUGCCAGAUUCAACAUCAUUCUGGUAUUUCUGUUAUAGAGAGAAUUCCAGGAAUAGAUAUGGUUUCUCAUGUGCCAUUGGAAUAUAUGCACCUCAUUUGUUUAGGUUUCAUGAAAAAAUUGUUGAUGAUGUGGAUUUUUGGAAAACCACAUAUGAAAUUUAAAUCUGAACAAGUUAAUAAAAUUACUAUCAAUUACUAUCAAUAGUUAAAUAUACACUAAAAGAAUUUGCUCGAAAGCGACGUUCUUUAAAUGAAAUUAAGAGAUGGAAAGCAACGGAAAUGAGAUUCUUUUUGUUAUAUGCAGGACCAGUCGUUUUAAAAGGAAACAUUGAUAUUGAUAGAUAUAUACAUUUCCUUGGCCUAUACAUUGCAGUGACAAUUUUUUCGAAUGAUGAAUAUAUCCAGAAAUAUGCAGACUAUGCGCACUCAUUACUCAAGUAUUUUGUUAAAAAUUUUAGUAAAUUAUACGGAAAAGAAAAUAUAUCUCAUGAUAUACAUGGCUUAAUCCAUGUAUAUAAUGAUAUACAAAUGUUUGGAAAUUUGAAUAAAUAUAGCGCAUUUCCAUUUGAAAAUUAUCUUCAAAGUUUAAAGAAUUUACUUAGAAAACACGAAAAACCAUUAAAAUUGUAAGACGGAUAAAAGAACAGGUAUUAGAUUCAAAAGAAGUCGAUAAAGAAAGUGUUUUAUGCGAGCGAGAAUACUUUGAAGGUCUAGUUCCUAAUCAAAAAUAUAUUCAAUUUAAAAAGCUUAUUCUUGAAAAGAUUAGUUUCAAUAUUGAAAACCUUGGAGACUCAUUUUGUUAUUUAACAAGUGGACAUGUCAUGAAGAUUGAAAAUAUUUUAGUAAGGAAAGAUACGUGUAUGGAAGAAUAUUCCUCGAAACAAGUAAUUUGUUUGACCAUCCUUGCGACUCGAGUACUUUUUACAUAUAUAUUGCAAAGAAGUUGGGUGAUUAUUGUAUGCGAAAUGUGAGAGAUAUAAAAACCAAAAUGGUCGCCUUUACUCAAGAAGAAGACUUAUGUUUCAUAUUUUAUCCACUUCUUCAUUAAAAUAUAUCAUGGCAAUGAGUUGGAGGGUAGUGCAUUUCAUUAAAGAAGACAUAGUUGAAGCUGUGCCAGCGUCCUGGGUCAAAGAAAUUAACGGGUGUUUUUGGUCACCAUACAGUGAAUUAAAAUUAAGAACAUUAAUAAAUAACUGCGCCCCACCUGCCCAUGAUUGGGAUGUUCACCAAUCAAGGCUAAUCGGAGACUUGAAUAUAGCAAGAAAUAAAGCAGCUAAAGCUGAAGAAACUUCUGAUUUAACAUCUGAAACUGAAGGACGUGCAAGGAAAAUAAAAAAGAAACGCAGAUUAAUAUCUGAGUCAGAAUCAGAUACAAAUUUCAUUACUUUCAACAUUUCAACUGAAGAAAGGGUUAUAAAUGAAGACAGCGAAUAUAGUGAUAAAGAAAAUGAAAUAAUUAAUAUUCCAAUUUUAAGGAAGGCUGCCAAAGAAAAUGCUGUAGCAUCAACGUCAAAACAUAUGGCCAAUAUUCAAGCUGAUUCAGAUAUUUUUUUAGUGCUGCGUAUAAUAACUGCAGAAGUUCCACCUACAGUUAAGCCUCAAAACGCUUCUACAGCCUAUAAAAGGCAAGUUAGCACUGAGAAUGCUAACAAUUCUUCAUUAUAAGAUGGACCAAAUGGCGGAAGAUUUACAUAAUUGUAAGAUAAAUAAUAUUAUGGAUAAAGAAGUUCCCAAUACAAUGGAAUCUUUAUUUGAUAAAUUCGACUUUCCGUUACGUUCGAUGGAAGUACUUCAUACUUUGGAAAUUUAUUUAGAAAAUGAAAAAAAGAAAAAAGAAGCUGUAAUAGAUCUUUCAAGAUUAGGAGCAGCAAAUAUGAAAAUUAUGGUUAAAAGAAUAAUGGAAAAAAUUUUUUCCAACGAUUUGGCUAUGCGAUAUUCUUGGAUAAGAUUUAAAAAGAUAGAAAAUUUUUCUACUGUAAUUAUUUCCUACUAAUCUGUAAUGAAAUUACACACAGGUGCUACAGCAUCAGAAGUUAAAACUGCCAUAAAAAUGUGGUUAGUUAAAGCAAAGGAAAGACUGACAAAACAACAGCAAGAGUGAUAUAUUGGCCGCGUUCAGUAAAACAAGUGAUCAGUAAGCGCUCAGGGAGCUCUUGUAUAUGAUUUGGCAUAUUCUUUUAGAUCUCCAACUAUACUCCAAUCAGAUGCAAGAGCUCACUGAGCGCUUACUGAUCACUUGUUCUACUGAACGCGACCAUUGUUUCCUUUUUUUAAUCUACAGUUUAUGUCUACAUAAUAUUUAGAAUAUUUUUGUUUCUCUUAUAUUUUAAUUAAUGUACAUGUAGUACCUGAAUGUUUUUGUUUCUCUGAUAUAUUAGUUUAUGUUCACAUAUUAUGUGAAUGCACUGAUUUAAUAUUACUAACUAAUGUUAUUGAAUAUAUUGAUUUAAUAUUA